CCCUUUCUCUGUAGAUAUCUUUCUUCCCACCUCGACGAACAGGAUUCCACGCUGUCCGUCAUGCAGCUCAAGUCCGCUCUUGCCCUCUUGGCCGCUGCUGCCCAGCUCGCCUCAGCGGUUGCUGUGAACGAUGCUCGACCCAUCGAGUCCCAGUCCUCGCAAAACCGCCUUAUCAAGACCUCCGAGGAGGAUCCUGGGCGAUGGGUCUCCGAGGACGAGAAGGCCGAACUUGUCAAGGGGGGCCAAAGGGCAAACUUUGUCGAUAUCACUGAUAUCCAAGACGAGGACAUCCUCACUGGCUUUUCUACCCCGGACUCCGCCUCAACGCUUGAGGCCCGCCAGACCUCUUAUCCUGGGACUUUGUCGCAUGUGGCAGAAGCUAAUGCCCUCAUCGCCCGCAUUCCCAACACCGGGCCCCAGAACUGGCUUAGAACACUGACCGACUACCAUAACCGCCACUACCGGUCAACUUAUGGAACACAGGCGGCCACCUGGCUGCUGAACACGGUCCGAAGCAUCGCCUCUGCCAACCCUGCCAUCACUGUUGAGACGUUCGGGCACAGCUUCAACCAGCCGUCCGUCAUUGCCCGCAUUCCGGGCUCAAGAGCCGCUAAGAUUAUUGUCGGCGCCCACUUCGAUUCCACCGCAGGGUCGACGACGGCCCGGGCUCCUGGCGCCGACGACAACGGUUCCGCCUCGGUGAACCUCCUCGAGGCCCUCCGCAUCCUCGCCGACGCCCGGUACAGGCCCCAGAACACCAUCGAGUUCCACUGGUACGGCGGCGAGGAGGGCGGCCUGCUCGGCUCGCAGGACGUCUUCCGCGCCUACCGCUCGCAGGGCGCCUCGGUCCGGGCCUUCCUCAACCAGGACAUGACGGGCUACUCCCCCGGCGGCCGGCCGACGGUCUACGUCGACUACGUCGACACGGGGCUGACCAACUAUGUGAAGCUCGUUGCCCGGCAGUUCAGCGGUCUGACUGUUGUUGAGUCGCGCUGCGGGUACGGAUGCUCUGACCACGCGAGCGCCAGGGCCGCUGGAUUCCCUGCCGCGUUCCUCGCCUCUGAGCCCUUGGCGACGUCGAACCCCAACAUUCACACCAGUCGCGAUACAUAUGCUACUAUCAACUGGGAGUCGAUGAGGCGUCACUCGGCCAUGACUGUCGGCUUCCUCGUCGAAGCUUCAUACCUGUAGACGGCGGUGCAACAUAGAGGGGCAAGUGCCGCAAGUCGAGAGUCGUGAAACUGACUCGUUCCCGACACUAGCUCUAGUGCGAGAUGUGUGAAUGAGGGCCGACGGGGAAGGGACGGGCAGCACGAGUCGUAGAUAGGCGAUCGUAGAUUGGUAGCGUACACAGAAACAACGAACAGAAUAUCAAAGUCCACUGUCCACUGUCCAACAGCUCGCUUGACGCUGGGUCGCUGCAGUGACGACCUGUGUCACCUGUCUUCCCUGAAUCCCUGUGUCUGCAGUGCGUUGCCGCGUACUCA